AUGGCGGACUCGCAAGAAUUUCCCUGUGCUCUCACCCUCGACGUCCCCUUCCCUACUGCCCGCCUCGCCUCUAUCGCCCUGAAGUCCAUACAAGUCGACAAGGAGCUGUCGCCGCUUGUGAGGAGAGACUUUUCCAUUGCAAGUCCGACCAGCGGUGCCGAAGGCGACAAUGUCGAGGACACUGUCUUGCAAAUCCAUUACAGAGCCACCACCAACAGAAUGUUACGUGUCGCCGUCAACUCCUUCAUGGAGAGCCUGGCGCUUGUUAUAGAAGUCAUGGAGAACCUUGAUACCGACGUUUUGGCGGCGAAAUCUGCUGAUACCUCCUGA